UUUUUUACUUUUUUUUUGCCCCAUGUAUAUGUUGACCAGGUCUGCACGGAAUUGCGGAUUGCGAGUUGCGGAUUGCGGAAAUUGUGGGGGUUUUUGCAAUUGCGAGCUGCGGAAUCUUUUUUUGAAUUGCGUGAUGUCGACCUUUUUUGAAUCAUUUUUGUCAUCUAUUUGGGCUUUUUUACAACCUAUUUAAGUGCCUAUUUUUAAGUUUUUACAACCUAAAAAUCCGAUCCCUAAUAAUUACAUAUUUAAUAUUAUUACCUAUACUAUAAUUAAUAUAAUUAACAAAUUUCCGGAAAUGAAAAUUCCUGAAGGAACAUCAUUUCUCAAUUUAAUUUUUAUUUUACUCUCCUUUGUAAAACUUUCAUUCCAUCAACUUGCCUGCCCAGUUCGAAUAGUUUCUCACCGUUUAAUUACUUCAGGUCAAUAUAAUUCCGGAAAGGGGAAUAUUCACUCUAUGAGUGGGAUUUGGAGGCAUUUUAGUACAGACAAAAGUACAAUUCACAAACAGAUUUCUGCUGCCUUAGGAAGUGAAAUGAUCGAGUCGAGUGUCCAAAUGCCUGGACCUAAUAAUUCUGCAAUUAUUUAUAGUGAACAUUAUGAGCCUGACAGUGAAAACAGCCUUUUUAAUAAUUUCAAGGCAAAAUUUCAUUAAUAAAUAUGAGAAUCUACACUAAAACAAAAAAUAAUAAACUUUAAAUUUUAGUGCCAAUUUAUUUUUAUUGGUGCACCAGACGAAAGGGUACAAGUCAUUUUUCAUUGGUUUCAUCUAAGGUUAAUGCCAUC